CUACAUUAUAUAAAGGCUGCAUGUGUCUUUCUUUUUCAUUCCAUCCUUUCUUUUAUAGAAUUUCACACUCACUGAUCCAAUAUGGAGUUACAUUUCUUUCACUUUAUUACCUUUCUCAUGCUUCUGCUAGUGGAAACUAAUGCUGCAAGAUUAUCACCUCAACUUUACUGGAAGUCCGUACUCCCCAACUCUCCAAUGCCAAAAGCCAUCUCUAAUCUCCUACUCCCUAGUGAGACUGAUGUAAGUUCUGAAGAAUUACCCAAUGGAUUCAUUUACCGUCAUGCUGCAAGAGAGGCUGAUGUAAAUUCUGGAGAAUUAUCUAAUGGAUUUACUUACCGUCAUGCUGCAAGUGAACCUGGUGUAAGUUCUGAAGAAUUACCCAAUGGAUUCAUUUACCGUCAUGCUGCAAGAGAGGCUGAUGUAAAUUCUGGAGAAUUAUCUAAUGGAUUUACUUACCGUCAUGCUGCAAGUGAACCUGGUGUAAAUUCUAGAGAAUUACCUAAUGGAUUCGGCUACCAUCAUGCUGCAAGAGAGACUGGUGUAAAUUCAGGAGAAUUACCCAAUGGAUUUACUUACCGUCAUGCUGCAAGAGAUGAUGAUGUAAAUUCUGGAGAAUUACCCAAUGGAUUCAUUUACCGUCAUGCUGCAAGAGAGGCUGAUGUAAAUUCUGGAGAAUUACCUAAUGGAUUUACUUACCGUCAUGCUGCAAGUGAACCUGGUGUAAAUUUUAGAGAACUACCCAAUGGAUUUACUUACCGUCAUUCAGCAAGAGAGACUGAUGUAAAUUCAGGAGAAUUACCUAAUGGGUUUACUUACCGUCAUGCUGCAAGAGAGGCUGAUCUAAAUUCUAGAGAAUUACAUAAUGGGUUUGGUUACCAUCAUGCUGCAAAUAAGCCUGGUAUAAAUUCUGGAGAAUUAUCCAAUGGAUUCGGUUACCAUCAUGCUGCUAAGUAGAACCAGGGUGUGUUGUGUUUGCUAUGAUGUGUUAUUAGAAAUAUGCUAUUUGUUUUACUUUGAUGUAUUUGCUAUAAUGUAUUACAUGUGUACUAAAUAAAGUUGCUCUGAUGCUAUGUCUCAGUGCAACAUAAAUAAAUGUUGUCUUUAUCUAUCA